UCUGUCUCGUGUUUUACAGCCGUUAGUCUUUCUGUGUGUUCUUUCUCUCUUUCUUUUCAUGCCACCGCCGUCCGACUGAAUCAUUUAUAUAACAAUCAUAAUAAUAAUGAUAGUUGAUUCAGUGUGAUUUCCGUUUGCCUGGUUCUGCUGUUUUACUCUUUACUAUUUUCGAUGAUGUGCUUGUCAUGCUGUCGUCACCUGCAGGUUUGCUGACUACACUGCAGGUUUGAUGUCUACUACUUCAACAUGGAGCCUUUAGAUAUGAUGAUUCACAAGAAUGGGCGGCAGAGGAAGCUGGCAGGUUUCACAGUCACAAAUGUAAACAUGAAGGACAUAACCAAAGGACAAACAAGUGACUCUGACCCAGAUGUAGAGGAGACAGAGGGUCUUAUUAGAGAAUCAGAUUCAGAGAACAUGAGACAUGCAGUCCAUCCUGGGAUCCAGGCCGAGUUGGGCAAUGUGUCUCUUCUUCUGUUUCUCUAUGUGCUGCAAGGAAUUCCUUUGGGACUGGCUGGAAGCAUCCCACUGAUCUUACAGGGCAAACACGUCAGCUACAAAGACCAAGCCUUUUUCAGCUUUGUUUUCUGGCCAUUCAGUCUCAAACUUUUCUGGGCACCACUGGUGGAUGCACUCUACUUCAGCAGGUUUGGUCGAAGAAAGUCAUGGCUGGUGCCCACACAGUAUCUGCUGGGCCUGUUCAUGCUCUAUCUUUCAUCAAAAGUGGAUUCACUGCUGCAGAGUGAGGCAGGACCAAAUGUGUUGAUACUUACUGCAGUCUUCUUCAUGCUUGCCUUUCUGGCAGCCACACAGGAUAUAGCUGUGGAUGGCUGGGCCCUGACUAUGUUGUCCAGAGAAAAUGUGGGUUAUGCAUCUACAUGCAACUCUGUGGGCCAGACAGCUGGCUACUUCCUGGGAAAUGUGCUCUUUCUGGCUCUGGAGUCCCCUGACUUCUGCAACAAAUACCUCAGAGCAGAGCCCAAGGACACAGGCAUUGUUACUUUGUCAGACUUCUUGUUUUUUUGGGGAGUGGUGUUCCUAGUUUCCACAACGCUCGUUGCCAUUUUUAAAAGGGAAAAUGAGCCAGGCAGAGGAAAGAGGAGAGUCAAGGAUGAGGAGAAACACGGCGUUUUGGAAACGUAUAAGUUGCUGUGGACUAUAAUCAAGAUGCCCACAGUCUUCAACUUUUGUGUCCUGCUUCUCACUGCAAAAAUUGGUUUCUCUGCUGCAGAUGCUGUGACAGGUCUGAAACUGGUGGAGGCUGGAGUUCCUAAAGAGCAGCUGGCUUUAUUGGCAGUGCCCAUGGUGCCUCUGCAAAUUCUUCUACCAGUGAUCAUCAGUAAAUACACAGCAGGUCCCCGACCUCUUGACGUCUUCUACAAGGCCUUUCCUUGGAGGUUGCUUAUAGGCCUAGAGUAUGCUCUGCUGGUGUGGUGGACCCCCAGUCUAAAACAAGAAGGAGGUUUCCCCGUUUACUACUACGCCAUAGUGCUGCUUAGCUACGCAGCGCAUCAGGUGGCAUUGUACAGUAUGUAUGUGGCCUGCAUGGCCUUCCAUGCUAAAGUUAGUGACCCACUCAUCGGUGGGACCUACAUGACGCUGCUGAACACGGUCACUAACCUUGGUGGAAACUGGCCCUCCACUUUGGCUCUGUGGUUGGUGGAUCCACUGACGUCUAAGGUGUGUGAGGGGGCAGAUGGGCAGAGCUGUGGUUCUCCAGAAGAAGAAGGGCUCUGUAUUAAGGAAGGCGGGGUUUGUGUGACGACACUGGACGGCUACUACGUGGAGUCGGUGGUUUGUGUUGUGAUUGGUUUGGCCUGGUGGUUGUGGUUGGGGAAAAAAAUGAAACGGCUGCAGGACCAAAGCCCCGCUGCAUGGAGGUGCAGAAAUAGCCAAUCAUGACCGCCUGUUGUCAUACCACACACUCUUGUUGAUGCACUGUAUCUUUGCACACGCUCAACGGUCAGAAAACAUCCUCUCCCUCUCACGAUCGCACCUCAAGUACAGUACAUACUGUAAAUGCAAAAAACUUUACUGCCCUGCUGUUGUCUACUGUGGUGGUAAAACCCCCCUGAUGAUACCUGUGACUGUAACAGUUAACAGUGACGAACAUCCAGGCCCGUUAGGACAUUUUGUAGAAAUUUUAAAAUAGUUCUCUUCCCUCUAACCACAAUCUGCUACUUGAAAUAACUUUACCAAACCAGGGCAGGGUCAUUUAAUUUUACUGUUUAACAUACAUGGAUCGCCAGAUUGUUGGGUUUACUACUUUUACUCCAGCAGUGAAAGUAACUGUUUUUAGAGGCCGGUUUCAGUUAAAUCAACACCGCAGUAGUUGUUUCAUCCUGUAUUCGAGGACACUGAAGGGAAAAAUCGUCUGUUUUGAAGGAUCCCACAAACACACAGUGGAGAAGAUGCUGUGUUGGAGCACUGACGCACAACUAUGAUUUAUAUGAGCGGGCACUUGUUCUGCAGGGACUCAGCUUUGCUGUUUAGACAAAAUAAUACAGAUUUAUACUGUGUUUUACGAACCUGCUAUUUUUAAGGAUUAUUUCAAUAGUUGUGUUCCUCUGAAAUUCUUUGUGCCUUUUUAAGUUUUGUUUUUCAACCUCUGUUGACAUCAAAGACGUCCAGCAGCAACAUGUCAAAGCCAACCAGCUCUAGUGAAAUAAUCCAAAUAUUAUUUAAAGAUACCGUUGUUUUUAUGUACUGUAGUUACCAUAAAUAUGACUUCUUAUGUCAGUUCUUUGUAUUUUUGUUGUUGUCUGUGAGCACACAUUCCUACUGAAGAAUUUCAUUUGCACAAUGAAUAUUAUAUCACCACUGAUUAAAUGACCUGAAUUGUCUAAACAUUUAUUCUUUUUUUGAAGGAACAAUCUUAAAAAAUUUUUUUAAUCAACUUUCCAUGAAUCAGUUUAGUUAAAUCAAUUUUUUAGUUAGGCCUAGAUGGCCAAAUUACUUGUAGGGAUUUGGGUUUUAUUACUUUCCGUGGCCACAUUUUUUCUCACUCCAAAAAACUAUUCAAAUCCCAGACCAUGAGACCAACUGCCAGUUGUUGUUUUUCAUGUUGUACAUACAAGAGAUCCGAUUGUUACAGUAUUUUCUCUAAAGCCAGCAUUGAGGACCAUAACUUUUGACUCAGUUUGCAAUCGUCCCUGUAAACAGCAGGUCAAAGGUCAAACAUUUUGUGUUCACACAAUUGUAAAAUUGCUAUUCAUUCACAAACUGAAUAUGAUAUUCUGUCUGCUUCAUUUUUUUAUCCUUCUUUUUGAAUGUGAGUGUUGUUUUUUUGCAAACCCAUACAUUUCAGAUUGGGGUUCAUAUCUGUGUUAAAUUUACUUUUUUUUUUUAUUUCAGCUGCAGAAUAUUGUUCAUCAUACUUUGUAAAAAAAGAAUUCACUAUUAAAUCCCCAAUCACACAAUAAAUGAACAGGGUGACUGUAUAAUGGGAAGCAAAUCUUAUGCAAAUAAACAAGAAAUGCUAA